AGUCCAAAACAGCUGCAGGGCUGAAGUUUGCCCACGCCUGGUGUAGAUGCACCCUAUGUGAACACUUCACAUGCAAUUGUAAUUGAAGAUGGAAAUAGCAGCUCAGAUCAAAUCAUUGUGAUUUAAAAAUCAUUUAAUCUACAUUGAAAGAUCUAUUUUUAAUAUAACCACCAUGCAAGGAUUUCUCAUAAGUUGUUUUGGUCAAUUCCUUCUUCUGACAUAUUAACUUCUUCCUGGGGAAAUAUGUCCCGCCUGGGGCUUUUUCCCAAGAGAGCUAUUUCCAAUGAAAUGCAAAAAAAAAAAAAAAAGAAUUGGAUUUCAGGGAGUCCUUCUUCUGAGCCCAAACUGGCGAUGAUUCAAUCAUCCCAUCCCGGCUGGGUUCAUUAACAUUUGCAAAGGUCCCAACAUCAGAACGCGACGCAUUAACGCCUCUGAUUGCAUUAACAGGGUUGGUUGAUUGAUUGAUUGAUUGAUAGCCUUCUAUUAUGGAUGAAUGGGGCACGCCGCCAAGGCGAAGAGAAAGGCCGCGGGGCUGGAAGGUUGGGCAUAAAUAAAGCGAGGAGCGGAGAGAGGAGAGAGUGCGGAAGGACUACCACUCCCAGCAGGGCUCGCGAGGGGGCCUCUCCGGGCAUGCGCGGUGCGGAGCCGGUGCGCGAGCGUGGGUCCGGGCUCGGGCUCAGUGUGCGUUCCAUGCAAGAAAGAAGAGGAGGAGGAGAAGGAGAAGGAAGAAGAAGAGUCAUGUAGGUGUGCUGCAGCUCAGGGUGGCCUUCUCCCUUCCCAUCAUUGCACCUUCGCAGAGCAGGGGAGGAAUGGCUCUCGUUUCCAGUCUGGGACCAGGAACCGGCAGGGCUGCAUGAAGAAUGCCACUCAUUCACUCCCUCUCCAAGGUACACAUCCACCCGGUAGUUUUCCAGCAGAAGCAAGGACAAAGGCGGCAAAAGUGCUGCUAAUUUACUAAGACAGCUGUGCUUUGAACAGAAAACCAAGAAUGGAAAAACGGUGGUGGACAGAGCAACUUGCAACCGACAUCCAUCAGACCCUGAGGCAGAAGGAGCUGAAGCUGCCCACAUACAAGGCUCACUCUCCACAAAUUGGGAUGCGACGCUAUUUUGCUGACCUCUUAGCUAUCCUCAGCAGCCGCUAUAAGCUCUGCCCCGCAGCCAGGCAUCUUGCUGUCUACUUACUGGACCUCUUUAUGGACCGCUAUGAUAUUGCUCUCAAAGAACUGUAUGCCAUCUCCAUUACUUGCCUCAUCCUUGCAAGUAAAUUUGAAGAAAAGGAGAAAAGAGUGCCAAAGCUAGAACAGUUGAACAACUUUUCUUAUGCAUCCCGCCUUAACCUGGUGCUAACGAAGAAAGAUCUGCUGAAAAUAGAACUGCUGCUCCUGGAAACAUUUGACUGGAAUCUGUGUCUGCCAACACCAGCACACUACAUCGAUUACUACCUCUUUGCCUCUGUUACUGAAAGCGACCUACACAGUGGCUGGCCCAUCACAUCCAUGGCUGAAGCCAGAUCUUUCAUUGAUAAAUACUCUCACUAUUUCCUGGAAGUCUCACUACAAGACCAUGCUUUCCUCUCCUUCCGGCCUUCUUUGGUUGCUGCUGCUUGUGUGGGUGCCGCACGAAUCUGCCUCGAGAUCUCUCCAACUUGGACCCCACCGCUCGAGGGGCUCACACAAUAUUCCUGGGAGAACAUUACUCCAUGCGUUGAACUCAUGCUUGUAGCCCACGAGAAGAAUGUCAAGGAAGCCAACAAGGAAAAAGAUCAAGCCACUCUACUACGGGAGCGGCAGCUUGUGGAAAGCCUGAUCUUCCAGACUCCAGCUCAGGUUCUUUUCCAGCCAUCCCAUUAUUAUCACCCUCUGGCUCAGCAGCACAGCAUCUACUCACAAUUCUGCUCUCCGAUGCAUGAUCUGUGCUCAGCUUACCGGCAGUCCUUACUAGCUCCUCAGUCAAGCAGCCUUGCCUCGGGAAGUGGCAGUUCACUGCCUUCAUCCUCCACUGCCAGCUUUGGGCCUGUUGGAUUCCAAACCGUGUCCAUCCAAGGGCCUGCAGUCACUAUGCAGGUGGCGGUCUCAGAGGAGCCAAUUCACUGCCUGUCUUUGACCCUUGGCAGUAGCUAUUUCAGCAGCUACCAUUCGUGCACAGCAGGCUGUCUCGAUGGGCAAAGGAAGAUCGGAGAAAAAGGCACUACAUUGGGGAGAGGGGCAUAAUGUUGGUGAAUUGCACUUGAUCCCCAGAAGGAAGAGGGUCUGGAGAAAAUGGACCAAGCAAAUCCAUUAGUAGAAACUGGUUCCCAUUUUUCAAGACCUAACAAGAUCAAGAUGUGGAGAAAAGAAGUGCAAAAAUAUAUACCUCACAAUUCAAGAAUUCUUCUCCCUCUGCCCCCUGGUGCCAAUGAACUGGGCAGUGUGUGAUUUUAAAUUACUACUUUUGGAAAAUGGAACCUGGAGAAACAUCUGCCAUUAGAUAUUUUUGCAGCAACAUGCUUUCCCCAUGAAGCCUGUUUAAAGUUGCUGUUCUGAACAUGUUGACACUUAACACAGCUUUUCCCCCCAUUUCAAACUGGAAUAAUCAUUGAAGAAUGUUUCUCUCCUUACUUUCACUAGAGCUUGCACAAAGCAAGGUGUUAAACCUAAACAUCAGCACAGAGAAUCCUCUUUGGCCUUAAAAUCUCUGGAAAACUGGUGAACCAUUAGUAAACAAAAUGCCACUAGGGUCUCAUGUUCACUCUUUUACUUGAAAUGCAAUUAGAAAUUACCUCUAUAUUUUAAAAGAUGCUGCUGUCUUAAGAAGUCAGCGACCAUUUGUUGGAGAAACAUAGUUUACAGGUUAUAUCAGGGAUUAAUGUUUACUUGAACGCACAUCAUUUUUUGAAUAUAUAUAUAUGAAGGGAUUUCUGUCUUCUAGUGUAACAUAUUAGACCUUGCAGUUGGAGUCAGUACACCUAACAAAAAGGUAUAUAAAAGUAUAUAAAAGAAAAGGAGUUCUAAAAAUGUGGGGAAUGUCUUGGGAUAUUACUAGAAAACCAGACUUUUUGAAAAAGUCUUUGAAUCACUGAUUUUGGAAGAGUCUUAGCAACACCCAGGAUAGAUGGCAUUGUGUUGCAGUAUGGGGAGGCAGUAGAAUGUACCAUUAUGCUGCACUUUAGUUUAAGCACCAGAAUGCAAAGCAAAAGCCUACUGAUAUCAUAUUUAAAUACUUUGGUCACUUAAGGGACAAGCUAUUUCUGCUUUUCUACAUCCAAAGUUUUAAUCCCACCAUCACCACCCCAAGUUAGCUUCCUGCUCUAAGCAAGCAUAGUCUUUGGAAGUGAGUCACACAUAGUGUUUCCUUAUCAAUAAGUCCUGAGACAGGGAGCUUCUCACAGGGAAUAUUUGUCCAAUGAGGGACUGCUCAAAUUUGCCUCCUCUCCUACACAAAUUUCCUCCUGCAAAUGCCUCCCCAGGACACCAGGUUUUUCUCCUCCUUGUCUUGACUUCCUUGUAAAAGAGCCUGAUUGUUUGAAGGGGUUGUCAGAAGAAAGUAGAGGUGAUUUGGGGUGAGGGGGGCAUUUGCAGAGAUGAACAGUGAGAGAAGAGUAACUGAUUUAGCCAAUAAAUUCUCAGCACACACAGAUUUGGAGGCCUGUCCUCUUGCCUUGGUUCCUCUUGAUUUUCAUGGAGCUCAGUCUCUCAGAAGUAUACUUUUGUGAUCGUGGCCUGAACAGUUAGAUAUGUUUAAACGUCUCACAGAAUUUGGGUGGGCCGAAUUAGACGUUUUGAGGACGUCUGCUAGAAUGUGAAAUGCUCACUUGAUGUGAGUUGCUAUGUGCCAGUACUGUUUGUGAAAAGGUUUCUCAGGAUUGCAAUACAGACAAUGUGCAAUAUGCUUUUAUACUAGUUAGUUCAAUGUACAUUCCCGUGUAUGGUGAUGACUGUAAGUCAUCCCUUUUGCUUUUUAAGCUAUUUGUUUCCUUUUAGAGAUAGCAUUGUUGAAAAGGAAAUGUAGGGUUGUUUUUUGGAAUGGGAGAAACCUUCCCCUUUCUCACAGCUGGUCUGUUGAUUGUGAGUUGAUGGUGUCUCUAAAAUAAAUUUUGCCAGCUUGGACCCCCCUGAAUUCAUUGGCCUGCAAAUACCAUCACUUCCAGCACCAGAUAAAAGUAGGCUGACUGAAACGGGGAACAGUCUCUGCCAGUGACACCUUUUAACAAUACUGUAUAUGCAACGAAACAAAAGUAGGAGUGGGAUGGUUUCAUUUCGCUUAUUUGUUGUUACAACUUUUUAAUAGGACAUUUUUGUAUCAAAAAUAAUGCAUGGAGUUGUAUUCUACACUCUUUUUAAUGCUUGUCUACAACCUGAUGUGUAUGAGACUGUUUUGAAGCAGAGAUUACUUACCCGAGUGUGAAAAAUUCCACUAGGGAAACUCUUGCCUCUAGUAUGUUUAUGUUGCGAAACCUUUUAGAGAAGCCUUUUUUAAAAUGUCUUCAUUUUGAACUCGGUCUGAAGAAAAUUUACUCAAUAAACAACACAGAACACUA